CGGCGAACAAAGAGGCAGGUAGUUCGGACCGGUUGACCUGCUGCCUAGCGUCACAGAAGGGAUCGGUACUACCUACCAGGGAAAGGUAAUGAGGGUGGCUUGUAGUCUCAACGACGGUCAGUUUUUCAGAACCCAGUAGAAGAAGAAGGUCGCAGCAGAUAUUUCACUCUUAAAUAUUACAUAUUUCUUUAGUUAUUUUUGUUAAAAAUUAUUUUCUUAAAUAAAGCAAGUCAAUUUGUGUUUGACCAUUCACUGUAAUCCACUCACGAGCAUUAACAUUGGCUCUUCGGACCGGAUAACAUGUCAGAGACAGCUUUUGAGAAGGCUGUGAAACGGCGUAAUCGAGUUAUGCGUCAAAUUCAAUCUAUGAGUUUUUAUGUACAUGAAUUCAACGAUCGUACAGAAGUGGGCCAUGCUCAACUUAAGCAUCGUUAUGAAAAAUUACGUGAGCUUCAAGCAGAAUUUGAAGUAAUUCAAAACAAAAUUGAAGACAUUGCUGAAGAUGACGAGCAGUUUGUCAUAAGACGUAGUGUCGACGAUCAGGUUUUUGAAUUAUUAUCAGUUAUAUCAGCACAAAUGGCCAAUUUUGCUGAAACUAGUUCAGCAAAAGGGUGUCAGAGUUCCAGCUCAAAGACAACAACUAAUAGACGAGUGAAACUGCCUGUUAUACCACUGCCUACUUUCAGUGGACGCUAUGAUGAGUGGUUAACUUUCAGGGACACAUUUCGCUCAAUGAUUCAUGACAACAAGGAUAUUGACGAAAUAGAAAAGUUUCAUCAUCUAAGAGCAGCUCUCAAGGGAGAAGCGGGAAAGGUAAUAAUGUCAUUAGAAACAACUGAUGACAACUAUUCAAUCGCAUGGAGUUCAAUUUGUCAACGUUAUCAAAACCGGCGGUUAAUUGUAGGCACUCACGUUGCGGAGUUGUUCAAGUUGCCAGAGCAGAAGACGGAAACUGCAAGAGGUCUUCGAGAAUUAGUCAACAACUUAAAUAGUCACAUUCGUUCUUUGUCAUCUUUAGGACAGCCAACGGACAAGUGGGACGCCAUAUUAAUUCAUUUAGUGACUAGCAAAAUACAUGCAGUUACUCUGCGUGAAUGGGAAUGUACACGAACUGACGACGAGCCGCCAACAAUAAGUGAGUUCGGAGAUUUUCUCGACAAAAGGUGCUUGAUUUUAGAAUCUGUUGAGGCGGCUAGUCAUAUUAAGUCCAACGCGGAAACUUCACGGGACAAACCAAAGGAGCCAGAGAGAAGGCGUCAAUGGUCAAAGGCAUUUGUUGUAUCUAACAAAGAAGCACAGCCGGCAAAAAGGCGUCAAACUGCGGUCUUACAGACGACAACAAAACUGUCGUCGUGUCCAAUCUGUAAGGGUAAUCAUUGGGUGUAUAAGUGUGAAAAAUUAGCAACAGGCACAAUUGAUGAGAGAGUUCAACAAAUUCGUGAGGCCAGGUUGUGUCUAAACUGUCUUCGACCAGGCCACUAUGCUGCAGUUUGCAAAAAUGGCAGUUGCAAAUUGUGUGGAAAGGGUCAUAACACGCUUAUUCACCGAAACAAUGAAGUGGCCCAGGCAGAGAAAACUGUAGCAAAUGUAGCAAAAGCUGAAGGCGGAUCGGUUUUGCUGUCUACAGCGAUGGUUCGUGUUGUAAAUACACAAACCGGUAAGUCUUGUAUGGCCAGAGCACUGCUAGAUUCUGGUUCGAUGUCUAAUUUUAUGACGAGACGGUUGGCAAAUUCACUACAACUCUAUCAAGAAAAAACUAAUCUCACCAUCUUCGGAAUUGGUAAUUCUUCGAACGGGGCCUUAGGUCGCGUUCAUUGUCAAAUUCAGGCAACAAAUUCGACCUACAAACAGCGUACAUCGUUUGUAUUACUGAAGGAUGUGACAGAUCGUAUACCAAUAGCACGUGUACCGUUAGCGUCUGUUCCGAUUCCUAGUCAAAUUCAACUCGCAGAUCCGAAGUUCAAUGAGCCGAGUCAUAUAGAUUUGCUGAUAGGCGCAGAACUAUUCUUCACAUUGCUCAGAGGAGAACAUGUUACAUUAUCGGACUCUAUUACGUUGCAAAAUACGGUGUUUGGUUGGGUAAUUGCGGGACGCGUAAACAGUAAUGAAAAUACAGAAACAAAUAUUCAGUGUUUCACCGCGAUUACACAGCCAGACGAAGAUUUAAACACACUUUUGCGUAAGUUCUGGGAGCUUGAAGAACAUAAUGACAUGACGAUACAAAACUCAAAAAUAACAGCGUGUGACAAAUUUUAUAGAGAAACAACACGGCGAGAUACAGACGGACGGUAUGUAGUAAAUUUACCGCUAUGCAACGAAAUCUUGAAAAAUCUUGGCGACACGAAAACAAUGGCAAUCCGUCGGUUCUAUGCAUUAGAAAAACGAUUAGAAUCCUGUCCAGAGACAAAGUCGGCCUAUACACUAUUUAUGAAGGAGUAUGAGGCAUUGGGUCAUAUGUAUGAAGAGACACAACCGAUAAGACGGACAUUACCAGAAGCAUACUUGCCACAUCAUUGUGUGAUUAAGGCAGAGAGUACCACCACCAAACUACGCGUGGUUUUUGAUGCGUCAGCAAAAAGCACAACGGGAAUCUCACUAAAUCAAUCAAUGAUGGUCGGCCCCACAAUUCAAGAGGAUCUAUUCAAUAUUCUAAUCAGGUUCCGGCUACACUGCUAUGUUAUAACAGGGGAUAUUGAGAAAAUGUACCGACAAGUUAAAAUAUGCGAACCGCACCAGCAGUUACAAAAAAUCAUAUGGCGUGAUCGACCCACCGAAACAUUAAAGACGUAUGUUUUGACCACCGUAACAUAUGGUACAGCGGCUGCGCCGUACUUGGCUGUCCGAACCUUGCAUCAGCUUGCCGAAGAUGAAGGUGAUAGCUUACCAGUCGCUGCCCAAGCAAUAAAACGUGAUUUUUAUGUUGAUGAUUUAUUAACCGGAGCUGACACACUGACAGAAGCUAGACGCCUGCAACGUGAUGUUAGUUCAUUAUGCGAAAAAGGCGGUUUUCUUUUACGAAAUUGGUGUGCUAACCAUACUAGCCUGUUGAGUCAUUUACCAGAAAAUCUAAAGGGUACCAUUCACAAGUUAAAUUUUUCGGACAAUAUGGUCACUAAGGCACUUGGGGUGAAUUGGGUACCAGUUACAGAUAGUUUACACUAUAAGGUCACGGAAUGGAAACCAGCGAAAACAGUGACAAGGCGAGUCGUCACUUCAGAGAUCGCUAAGUUAUUUGACCCACUGGGAUUGAUGGGUCCCAUUAUUGUUACAGCAAAGAUUUUUAUUCAAUCUUUAUGGCGCCUCAACACAGGAUGGGACAGCCCAUUGCCGCUCGAAUACACCAAGCAGUGGAUAAAAUAUCGUAAAGGUUUAGUAAUAUUAAACAAUAUUACUAUUCCUAGACGGUCAACUAUCUCUACGAAGCAAGGCAUUCAAAUCCACGUAUUUUGCGACGCGUCCGAGUUGGCAUACGGCACAUGUGUAUAUAUACGCUCGACAAACGAUGACUCAAUCGUGUACUGUCAACUGUUAUGUUCGAAAUCACGUGUAGCCCCAUUACGAAACACUACUAUACCACGUUUAGAAUUAUGUGCCACGUUACUGGGUGCCAGACUACUUGACAAGGUAAAGACGGCACUAAAGGGUGUGGUGAAAAUUAAUCGUUGCUGUUUAUGGAGUGAUUCUACUGUGGCAUUAACAUGGAUAACUGACCAACAAGGUAGUCGAUCAUGGAAAACAUUUAUAGCAAAUCGUGUAGGCGAAAUUCAUGACCGAACGGCGGGUUGUGAGUGGUUAUAUGUCAAAGGAGAGGAUAAUCCAGCCGACGUUAUUAGUCGGGGAAUUUCUGCCUCACAAUUGGCUGAAAACCAACGUUGGUUCUGUGGGCCUGAGUGGCUAACAUAUCCAGAAGACGCAUGGCCAAACAAUACUAAACCCCAAGUCGAAGAGCCUAUCCCUGAACGGCGCAUACAACAAGUCAGUUUGAUCAGCACUGAAGUGACGGACGAUACGAUUCUCAAACGGUUUUCACGAGUAGAACGGCUACAACGGGUCACAGCAUACAUGUUACGAUUUAUUAAAAAUUGUAAAAGAGAAAAAACAACAAGAUUCAUUGGUGAAUUAUCAGUAUCAGAAGUACAGGACGGAUUAAACGUGUGGGUACGAAAAUCACAACACACGGCAUUUUCAACCGACAUUGACAACUUGAAAAAUGGCCGAGAAAUGAAUAAAAAUAGUAAGCUAAAAACACUGCACCCAAUUUUAAACACAUCCGACAUCUUGCGUGUUGGAGGGCGGAUUCAAAAUGCACAAGUAGAUUAUGACGAAAGACACCCCGUAAUACUUCCGGGGGACGAAUUUACCAAAAUGUUAAUUGCAUUUGAACAUAGAAGAUUAAUGCAUGCUGGCCCGUCGCAUCUUCGAGCAUCUUUGCGGCAACGGUUUUGGAUUUUUGGAGAUCGCAACUUAACUAAAAGAGAAGUUCAAAAUUGUGUCAAAUGUUUCCGUUGGAGAUCAAAAACCGCCACUCAAUUCAUGGGUUCGUUACCCGCAGCACGCGUAAAUCCAUCACCAGCGUUUACCGUGUGCGGUGUAGACUACGCCGGGCCCUUUCAUUUAAGAGUUGGUGGAAAACGAAGUCGAACAACUACCAAGGCAUACGUAGCACUAUUUGUAUGUUUUGCCACACGCGCAGCGCACUUAGAACUGGUGUCAGACUUAACGACAGAAGCGUUUCUUGCCGCAUUUAGACGCUUUAUAGCAAGACGUGGAAGGCCUGUUGAAGUAAACUCUGACAAUGGGACAACAUUCGUCGGAGCUGAUAAUUUACUAUGUGAAUUCAUACAACACUCACAAGCCACAAUUGCUAAAACCGCCGCCCACGAAGGCAUACAAUGGAAGUUUAUCCCUGCGCACGCACCGCACUUCGGAGGCUUGUGGGAAGGUGGUGUAAAGGCAACAAAAUAUCAUCUUCGACGAGUGGUAGGUCAAGCAACGCUGUCGUUUGAGGAACUUACAACAAUAUUGGCACAAGUCGAAGCAGUUCUCAAUUCACGGCCACUGUAUGCAUUAUCCGACGAUCCAUCCGAUCUACAACCAAUCACGCCAGGUCACUUCUUAAUUGGACGUCCAUUAACAUCAUUUCCAGAACUUGACUAUACAAAAAUUAAGGCGUGGAAACAGAGAUGGCACAUGAUACAAAAUAUGACACAACAGUUUUGGAAGCAAUGGCAAUCAGAAUAUUUACAUCAACUACAACAGCGAACAAAAUGGACGAAACCACAACAAAAUUUACGUCUUGGUGAAUUGGUACUAAUAAAAGAAGACAAUCAAGCACCACUGGCAUGGAAACUAGGACGUAUAGAACAAGUUUACGCGGGACCUGAUGGAAAAAUUCGUGUAGCAACAUUAAAAACAGCAACAGGUUCAAUCCGCCGACCCAUAACACGACUCAGUAGACUGCCUAUUGUUGAGCCUGGAAAUUCAUCCAGUUCAACAGGGUGCGGAAGGUCGGCGAACAAAGAGGCAGGUAGUUCGGACCGGUUGACCUGCUGCCUAGCGUCACAGAAGGGAUCGGUACUACCUACCAAGGAAAGGUAAUGAGGGUGGCUUGUAGUCUCAACGACGGUCAGUGUUCAGAAUUAAGUAGAUGAAGAAGGACGCAGCAGAUAUUCCCCCUUUGUUAUAUUUCAUAUUUAUUUAAUUGUGUUUCAUUUUGUUAUAAGUUAUUUUCUUAAUAAAGCAAGACAAUUUGUGUUUGACCAUUCACUGUAA